CUUUGCAUAGAAGUGCUGCAUUUGGCACAAAAUGUAAAUACCGCAAAAGCAAUCGUCUCCACUGACUGAUGAAAAGGAAUAAUGAUUAUCAGCCCUGCAGAAUGCAGUUUGUUCGGAGGAAGGAGAUUUGCAGUAAUCGCACUGAUGCUCUAAGAAUUACUCUACUUAUUUUCAAUUACAGAUUUGCCCUUGAAAGCUCUCCUCUAUUUGGAUUAUCUCAGUAGACGAUUGUUUCUGCAAGCUGGUCUUUUGUGACAAAGAUGAAAAUCGUUUAAUGAAGAACUUAAAAUAUAUUGUUGUAGGAAUUUCUAGGUCUGAUGCAUGAAAAUCUCUGUAAACGUGAAGGAAGAACACAAAUCUAAUGACAAGAUCUCCACAUUAAUUAAUCGUAUUCUUUAAAAUCUGACUUCAGCAGAGCUCAGCUCACUUCCAAAGCAAAUAUGAAGAGGUAUCAAAAAGGGAGAUGGUCUGAUGAAAUCAUGCAGCAAGACAGUCCUGUAUAUGCUGCUGACAUCACUGAACAGCUGGUCAAACAAUUUGCUAUUCGGUCAGGAGGCCGAGGAGCUGAUGGCUGUCCAAUUAUAACUUUUCCUGAAUACUCAAAUUUUACUGAUAUCCCUGAGGAGGAAUUCCAAACUGUUAUAAAAUAUCUAACUAGUAUUCCCAGCUUUCAAGAUGGUGACAUUGGAUUUAUUCUGCUUGUGGAUAGGAGGCAAGACAAAUGGUCCUCCGUGAAAGCAUCACUGCUGCGAAUCACGGGAUCAUUCCCAGGAAAUCUUCAAUUGGUUCUCGUUCUUCGACCUUCAGGAAUCUUUCAAAGAGCCAUCUCUGACAUUGUCUUGAGAUUUAAUCGAGAUGAUUUUAAGCUAAAAGUACCUAUCAUAAUGCUGAAUUCAGUAACAGAAUUACAUAGUCACAUUGACAAAACACAGCUAACCCAGGAACUUGGAGGUACCCUGGAAUAUUCCCACAGUCAGUGGUUGUAUCAUCGGACGGGUAUUGAAAGUUUUGCUGUCAUGGUAAAAGAAACUGCACAAAUGCUACAGGCCUUUGGAACAGAGUUAGCUGAAACUGAUCUGCCAAAUGAUGUGACAACAACUUUGGGUCUUAUAACAACACAUACCCAAAAGCGAGAUAGAAUGAAGGACGAUCUAAAUCAGGCACGCAGACAUGGCUCCACCCUCCUUUCCAGUAUUCAGGAACCAGUUGACGCGAAUCCAGAUCAUAAAUUGAACACCGAUGAGUUGGACAAUCAGACCACUGUGGAGAGGUUGCUUGCUCAACUGAAUGAAACUGAAAUAGCCUUUGAUGAAUUUUGGAGUAAGCACCAGCUGAAGCUCAAACAAUGCCUCCAACUUCGACACUUUGAGCAAGAUUUCCGAGAGGUCAAGGCCGCUUUGGAUAUUGUAACUGAACGACACAGCACUUUCACUGAAUUUGGAAACAGCUCCUGCCAUGUCGGCCACAUUGUUAAAGACCUCUGUAACUUUGAAGAUAAGUCUCAGGAAGUAUUAGAGAAAGCUGAAGCCUUGGCAGUUCAAGGGGAUCACCUUAUAGAGGACAAUCACUACGCUGUGGAUUCAAUUCUUCCCAAAUGCAUCGAGUUGCGAGCUGUGAGUCGCAACAUAGCAAAUGGACUAAAAACCAAAAAGGAACUACUUAAUCAAUCAAUGGAGUUGCACAAGAGGCUGGAACAGGCCAUGCAGUGGUGUGAUUCUGGGAUUUAUUUGCUAGCCUCACAAUCUGUUGAUAAAUGUCAGUCUCAGGAUGGGGCAGAGGCAGCCCUGCAGGAAAUUGAGAAGUAUCUGGACACCGCAUCAGGCCAGAAACUGGAGGAUCUUAGUAACAUCACUAACAAAUAUAAAGCUAUACUUGGAGAUGACCUCAUGGCUCGUGUUCUAAAAAUCUUCCAAAAACAAGAGGAGAUGGAAGAAAUGUUUGAAAAGCGAAGUAUAAGUCUUAAGAAGCUGGCUGCAAAACAAACCCGUCCAGUGCAACCAGUGGCUCCUCGUCCUGAAGGAAUUCCAAGAUCACCCAUCUCCUACCCCAGCCCAGAUAUCAGAAAAGGACAUGAUCCCAGCUUCAGCCACAAAGCAAAUGUGACUCAAAUUAAUCUGUUGAAAAGAAAAAGUCUUUCAAAGAUUGAGAUGAAUGAACAUGUUGAGGGAAGGAAAUGUUCCACUUCUGACAAUGAGGAGAACCUUGCAGUGUUAAGAAGCCAUGUUAUGAAUGAGCUAAUUGAAACAGAGAGAGCCUAUGUAGAAGAAUUGCUUUGUGUGCUGGAGGGGUAUGCUGCUGAGAUGGAAAAUCCCUCAAUGAUUCCAUUCAUUCCAGUGGUUCUGCAGAAGAAAAAAGAUGUACUAUUUGGAAAUAUGCCUGAAAUCUAUGACUUCCAUAACAGGAUAUUCCUGAGGGAAUUGGAAAAUUACAUAGACUGCCCGGAGUUGGUGGGACGGUGUUUCUUGGAUCGGAUGGAAGACCUUCAGAUUUAUGAGUGGUACUGUCGGAAUAAACCCCGCUCAGAAAGCUUAUGGAGGCAGUGCUCAGACUGCAUUUUCUUCCAGGAAUGUCAGAAAAAGUUGGAACACAAGCUGGGCUUGGAUUCCUAUUUGUUGAAACCAGUGCAGCGGAUAACAAAGUACCAGUUACUGCUAAAGGAGUUAUUGAAGUACAGCAAAAACUCUGAUGGAGCCGAGGAUCUGCAAGAAGCACUGGCAGCUAUCUUGGGAAUUCUGAAAGCUGUGAAUGACUCUAUGCACCAGGUCGCCAUCACAGGAUAUGAGGGGAAUUUAAAUGAACUUGGUAAGCUUUUAAUGCAAGGUUCAUUCAACGUCUGGAUAGACCACAAGAAGGGGCAUGCAAAAGUCAAAGAUUUAGCACGAUUCAAACCAAUGCAGAGACACCUGUUCCUCCAUGAGAAAGCAUUGCUUUUUUGCAAGAGAAGAGAAGAAAGUGGGGAAGGGUAUGAGAAAGCCCCCUCCUACAGUUAUAAGCAGUCUUUGCAUAUGACCACUGUUGGUAUCACUGAGAAUGUUAAGGGAGAUAACAAGAAGUUUGAAAUUUGGUACAAUGCAAGGGAAGAGGUUUACAUAGUACAGGCAGCAACACAUGAAAUCAAAAAUAUAUGGGUAAAUGAAAUACGAAAAGUCCUAACAAGUCAACUGGAAGCUCGUAGAGUUUCCAACCAGCAACAAAAGUUAGAGCACACACCUGUGGCUCCUUUAGCUAUACCUGUUAAUACCAGUCCCCUGCGGAGCGCACAGAAAAUGAAAAGGGCUGAGAUUGUGAGCCCAGAAAAUCACAGCAUUUCAGUGACCUCACCAAAGAGACAAGAAAAAGUGAAAGGUUGGACCAAAGUGUCUCAGUCCCUUGACAUUUCAGAAGAAAAUAAUGAUGGAUGGUCCAGUGCUGAUGACCAGCUCAAUUCAUCUGAUUGUGAAGAGGAAACUAGUAGAAAGUUGCUCCCUGGAAAAUAUACAGUAAUAGCAGACUAUGGGAAGUCAGGUGGAGAGGAAUUGACUGCAAGUACCGGUGAUCUGUUGCAACUGAUCUGUGAGGGCCAGGAUGGACGAUGGCUUGUCAGAAAUCUUAACACAAAUAAAGAGGGCUGGGUCCCAGCUACAAACCUGCAGGCACUGAUCGGGGAUUCCAGCUCUUCCCAAUCAAUAAGUAGCUCAGAGUCUGCCAGUGCUUCAAGCACCCUGAGCUCCUCUUCAAGUUGUGCUGAACAUUGCACUGCCAGUAGCACCAGCGUUGUAGAUAUUAAGGGCUAACAAUUCUCUUUGAUGUAUAAAAUUGGUGACACUGUUUGUGGAAAUUCUCCCUCCUCUUAAACUAACCAGCUUUGAAGUAGAAGGUCAAAGAUUUUGUAUCUUCAUCCUCCAUCAUCUUCAUUCUCACCUGGGCUUUAACUUCUAAAUUAAGUGCUCCUUGGAGUAGCGUUACAUCUGGUGUCUGUUAAACUGUUACUGAGACCUUCAGAAAGAGGAGCACAAGGCUCUUGAAUUUAUUUAUAACUCUUCAUUCUUUUGACGGAUGCACACUUUGUGAAUUUAGUCGUGGUGCCAAGAGCAUUUUCUGAUGGAUAAGUAAUGGAAUAAUUAAGAAAUGGGCCAUGCCAAAGUUUUAGAGAUUGGAGUGGAAUAUUACAACAGUACAAUUUGAUAAUAAGGACAGUUCUAGACAAGGUGAGGCUAUUUUGCGGGUGGGGUAUUUUGGGGGUGAGCUAUUGCUAUGAUGCAUUGAAGGAACAGCAGUGAUAACAGCACAAAAGUACCACUAUGAUGGUACUUUAUCAAAAGCUUCAGAUAAGCACAUUUCAGAGCAACUGGCAGGGAUAUUGAGUCGCACUUUAUGAAGACAUAACUCAGCAUUUGACUGUGCUUUUCAAAUGCUUCUUAAUGCAUGUGGUCAUCACAUGUAUUUAUUUUUGGACCUAAUACACAAUCAGCAGUUUAGUAGUAAAACUUUUUUUCUUGGUCACCACUGUGAGAGAAUCUGGUCUUUAAGUCCCAGAAUGAUAUUUUCAACUUUUGAAUAUGGCACUUGCAGGUAAUGAUCUUUUGAGUGUUUACACAGCCAUUUGAUAGUUUAUUUGUUAGUGGUUGAUUUACCAAAUCAUUCAUAGAUCUGUUGGAACACUCUGAGAGUGUCCAGCUGCUCUGGAAUUCACUGUGACUCCAUUCCAUUAGCAACCAAUGUGCUGCAUUAUAGGUCUGGGAAAAUGCUGCAAAUGUCAAUUAUUAAACAAAGUAUUUAACUCAUUUAUAUAAAUGACCAUGAGUAAGGAGUAUUUUACAGGUGCAGCAUUCUUUAUAGUACCUGUGAGCUUUGGCUAUAACUCUUUGACUAUACUUUGAUACGUAAAUGAUGUGCUUGUGAGCUGUUGUAAUGCUUUCCAAAGCUUGGAUUACUUGGAUAUCAGUAGUACAGGAAAAGGUUUAUCUGCUUUACCUCGCCCAUUGAGUGCAAUCAGAUGCUUGGUAUCACUUCACCAUCAACUAAAUCAAUUGCAGUUGAGUGUUGAUGUGUUCAAUGGUGGCUGAUGCCAUGACUGCUUCUACUGUCUUGUUAGAUUUUACUGGGAUAUUUUAAUGCAACAUUUGACCUAAUCAAAGUGUUACUCCUCGCACGUCAUAGUGUACCUUAGAUAAUGUGAUGCACUACAGCACACUUCAUGGCACUUUAUGCAGCACUUUGUUCAUUUUUAAUGGUGGUGUCCAUAAACUUUUGAACUCGUCCAACAUGUCAUCUUCUGUAUUAUGUGAAUGGAAGCAUGAAUACA